AAGUUGGCAGAAAUGGCGAUGGUGCACGACUGUUUCCCGCCAAGGCGCUACAGGCUUCUCGUAUGGCGCACCUCAGUUAGGCAGUGAUAGUGUUCCAGUGAUUUUUCAUAGUUUUCCGUAAUAUUUUUUGUGGAAAAUGGGGCAGUCGGACGAUGUCGAAGAUUCUACGUACAGCAGACAUCAGGAUUUAUGCCAAAAGUUAAAUAUGGAUGCUACCGCGGCAUCUGAAGCCUGGAGGUCCUACGAGACUAUUCGACAGAAUUACACUUUAGAGGGUGAUCAACUUCACUGGAUAGGAUGUGCAUUGUAUGUUGCUUGCCGAAGAUCUUCAAUACCAACUGUUGCAAGAACUGGUCCAAAUGUUGAAGGCAACUGCGUAUCUCUCACACGCCUUUUGCGUUUGUGCAAUUUGUCUCUGAUGCAGUUCUUCACAAAAAGUAAAUCAUGGGCAGACAUGGCUAACAUGCCACAGGACUUCCGCUCUAAAAUAGAGAAGCUUGAGAGGAACUUUGCUGUCUCUAUGGUGAUAUUCAAGAAGUAUCAACCUAUUUUUACUGACAUUUUUAAAGACCCAGCAGAUGAUGUGUCACGUCCACCAAGAUCAAGACGACACAAGACUCUACCAUGUACCCCAUCCAGAGUCUUUGAAUUUUGUUGGACCCUUUUUGUCUGCAUCAAAGGAGCUUUCCCUGACAUCUCUGAUGAUCUUGUUAAUUCUUAUCAUUUACUUAUCGUCACUUGUGAUUUUAUCUACAGUAAUGCAUUGCUAGCAAAUAGAAAAGAUCUUCUUAACCCAGUAUUUCCUGGUUUGCCACCAAACUUCAACAAUGAUCACUAUAUUCCACCAAGAGUAGCAAACUGCAUUGUUAAUCUUCUCUGUGAACGUCAUGAUGCCUUAGUUAUUGAGGCAAAAGGUAUCAAAGAAUACACGUUGAAGAAUCACAUAAACAAGUUAUUCAACGAGAGGAUUUUACGGGGCGAUCAGUCAACCUCCUCUGGAAUUUUAGAAGCCCUCUAUUUUGACGGCAACAACAAGGCUGUAAACAAAGCCUAUGAGCAGCACGUUUUAAGUGUGGGGGAUUUUGAUGAACGAAUUUUUUUGGCUGAGUGGAGACGAAUCAGGAUGAGUGGAAUGUCAAGCUUGGAAAUAGUCGGCAGAGAGAUUGCUUAUCGCGCUAAACUUCCAAGACAUAUGACUUUGAAAGGUGCUGAUGCUAAGGAUAAUAUCGGAUCGCCUACGGAUGCUGUUAACUUCGGUGACCUUCAUGAACAAUUUCAGUUCAAGAAGGAACAGUACGGUGGCCAAAUGCAGCAUUUGACGCCGCCGACGCCUUUAACCGGGCGCAAAUACCUUAGAAAGAAAGAUAUGUCCAAUGUGACAGCAGUGUCUACCGCAACGCAGAGUGUUAGUCGUCUACAGGCUUUAUUAGCUGGUCGCCAAGCCGCUCCAAGUGAAAGUCUCAUAGAAAUGUUUAACAGUUGCACUCAGGAUGUUAGGACGGUGGAAGCAAGGGUGAGGGAGAUUGGUGAACAAUUUUGCGCUGAAUAUACUCUCAAUACUGAAGGCAACGAAGCGUCAAAUUUAAAUUUUGGAAAGAAACGUCUUCACCUGGGACAAACUCUGUAUUAUAAACUCCUGGAGAUGAUCUUAAAUGAUGAAAAACGCAGGAAGCCUAAUUGUGAUAUCAUAAAUUUGCUCUCAAAUGAAAUAUUCCAUCGGUGCCUUUUCGCCUGUUGCUUGGAAAUAGUCAUCUAUUCUUAUAACAGUGAUAAGGUGUUUCCAUGGAUUCUAACAGCCUUAAACUUGGACGCCUAUCAUUUCUAUAAGGUUAUAGAAAUCAUCGUCAGAGAUGAGGAAGGACUGUCGCGCGACGUAGUGAAACACCUGAAUCUCAUCGAGGAGACAAUUUUAGAGUCACUUGCUUGGCGAAGCGAGAGUCCUUUAUGGACUGUUAUAGGAAAUGCAGAAGGUGGCGUGCCGAGCAACGAAGAAGUUACUUUAUCGGGCAACGCGGACACUUUUGACCCCAAUACACCAGGUCAACCUGUUUUACGAAGAAUCGCGCUGGACCGUGGGACUCAGCACGACAUCCAGCAAAGUCCAAUAUCAUCUGCAUCUGAAAGAUUUCAGUCUCCUGUGGUUGCUUCAGGUGUCGCUAAGAAACGACUGUUUCCUGACAGUAGAAUCAGUGGACAGAGUAUCUUACGAGUAGGGGGCCAAAGUGUCUUGUCUCCAAAGGUCGUAACGAUUGACGGUAAUCAAAGAAUACUUUUGACACUGCCAGACCACCAGAUAGCCAUUCCAAAGACAUCAACGCUGCAAGGUUGUGGCGCGCCAAUCCAGUCAAGUACAGUGAACAGAGAACAAGCGAAACCACGACGAACGGGCUCUUUGGCGCUCUUCUUCAGAAAAUUUUAUAAUCUGUCUAGUAUACGUAUGCAGGAUCUAUGCAAGUCUUUAGAUAUUGUCGAUGAGGAGAUGAAGAAAAAGAUAUGGACAAUUUUUGAGUACUCUAUUAAGGACCGUACUCACCUUAUGAAAGAUCGGCACUUGGAUCAGAUUCUUAUGUGUGCUGUUUACGUAAUAUGUAAACUCGCGAAGAUGGAGAGAAAUACCUUCACGGAAAUUAUGCGUUGUUAUCGGUUACAGCCCCAGGCUGAGUCGCAUAUUUACAGGUCAGUACUUAUCGACAAGAAUGAAACAAAUGGCAACAGCGAAUCGGACAAAACUAGAAACGUUGAAGCCUCGACGGAUCAGAGAAAUAAUAUCGCACCACCAACACCUACCAAUAUGGCUGGAACCUCGCGUAAUUUCGGACCCGAGACUCGUGGCGACCUUAUUAAAUUUUACAAUACUGUCUACGUGCCACAGGUUAAAGAAGUUGCGAACAAACUUGGCUGGUCUCGAGGUGGUGUUAUGAACUUGGCCCUCAGUCCAUUACCGCAAUCUAAACCUAGUGCUAGGUCUCCAGUUAGACGUGUCACAAACAGUGUAACCACCAGGACUUUGGAUCCGACAGCAAUCACAGCAUCACCAGCUCCACAGCUCAGUUACUCACUAGGUCGCAGUCCUGCCAAAGAUCUGGAGGCUAUCAACAAGAUGAUGAUAUCCGUCGACGCUAAGAAAUCUGUCGGCAAGAGAUUAUUGACAGAUGACACAGAUAUCGAAAUGACUUCAGUAGAGCAUUCUCCAGCAAAGAAAAAUAUGACAACUUCAUUUGUCACCAGGAAGUUAGAAAACAUUAUCGGUGAACGACGUACGCAGAAUCAAUAGAGUAUCAUUAUAAUUAAACGGCGGUCCGCUCCGCUAGAGUCGUCACAGGUCGUCGCAUAGAUGCUGACUAUAGUCGGCACCCGUAACGAAAGGGUUAAUAAUAUGAGAACCACGUUAUGUAGGAACUGUGCUCAUGGCAAGGAGCUCAAAUUUCUGUGCUAAAUCAGAAAUGUCCCAGGAGUGACGAUACAGUGUCACGUUCCCACUCUACAGGACUUGGUGAUCGUAUCGCCAGCCGAAUCAAUAAUCAUUUUUUAUAAACUCCGUGCAAAGAAGAAAUGUUUAUACAUAUGUAUAUUUUAGGUAUGUAAUGGCUCACUUCAUUAUUCGCGUAACGAUCUCGUUUUUCUCUCUUCUUUUCCCCGAUUAUCUUAUUUUUUCUUUUCUUUAUUACAAAAAGCCAUUGCAAGUCUCGGAAGAAUCAUGAAUUAAAUUUACUCUUCAGCAAUAGGUCACCCUGAAAUGAGUUUAGUAAUCUUUAAUGAAGCUACUAUGGUACCCCCCCCUCCCUUUUCUCCUUGACUCUUUUGGUUGCCUGGGUGCUUGAUAUACUAUUUUUGUUUAAUCAAAAACUGCGUCCUAGCUAAUUGAAAGACUUUGUCGUAUUUCCUUUACUGACCGCGAAUGUAAGGUGAAAUAUGCAAUGCUCGCUGUGGUAAGCACGCAGAUGCGAUUCGGGUGAUAUGUUAAUUAAUCUAAUUUACAUUAUCCUUUCGAUCUAAAUUUAUUCGAAUCAUUCGAAAAGAAUAAAUGAAACAUAAGUUGAAUCUAAUGUACUUCGUAAAACACUUCGCUAUGCCAGCAUUUUUUAUAACAAAAAUAUAGCGAGACUCGUUUCACUGCGGGAGAAUAUUUUUUCUCUGUCAGUGUUACGGUAAAUCCGUGAUCGACUUUCUACAUCUAGCUGUAAGUGUUUCCAAAUUAUAUUUUAUAACAUUUGAUCUCAUAAUUAAUCCAACUAUCACUAAACUACUUGUAUAGCUUAAAAUUGGAAAAGAAAUAUAUAUAUAUUAAAGCAUGAUUUAUAAGAGUUUUCGAAAUACUAAAGUAACAGUACACUGGGUGUCGCACACCCAACACCCAGUGUACCUUUAGUGAUCGGAUGCCAAAGUGUACCGUUCUAAGGUUAAGGUACAUUGUGUGAACCGACGAGUUUUCCUAUAGAUACUUCAUUUUUCACUCGCCAUUAAUAUUAUUUUUCGUAUUAGUUUUAAAUAAAUGAGUGAGUAGUGCAAACUACUUCACCCAGAGUGUAUACAAUUUUUUCAAGAUGUAAUUGAAAAUUAUUAAUUUGUACAUAGUCAUUAUAAUUCAAGUAUAAAUGCGAAAAAUAGGCAAUGAUAAAAAUAAUAGAUAAUAGUAAACGCUCUCUCAGAGGUGUUGCGAGUUAUUGCGAGUGAUCCGCAAUUUUGUUUACGUUUUUGGCAUGCAUUUAAUAAAGAUACAACGAUGUUCGCCGCAUGCAUACUUAUGAAUAGAAAUUGCAAUUUUUUAAUUUA